AGUUGACCAUAUUUCCGCGAAUUUAAUUAAUUGUGGUGUUCUGGUACUGUGGCUGGGUAAAGCAAAGAAAACUAUUAAAUUUAUUCGUUUGCGUUCGUCGUAACUAUGUAUGGCAUAAUUUCUGUAAUUUCGCGUUCAACUAGGCGUGAUGUAUUUAAAAGGGGAUUUAGAAGCAUAUUGAACAGCAAUGCUAGAGUUAAUAUAGCUGGUAGCAGACAUAUAACUUUAAUUCGCGUUGCUAAUAAACUAAGCACGUCAUUCGAAGAUAAAUGGAGUUUUGAAUACAGGAAAAUUAAAACUUUGAAGGGGAAUAAUGCAUGUUUUCAUCUAAGCGCUUCAAAUUUGCAAAUCGAAGUUGUUAAAGUCCCUGCGUUCGCCGAUUCGGUAUCAGAAGGGGAUGUCAAGUUUACAUGCAAAGUCGGAGAUUACGUUAAAACUGAUCAAGUGGUAAUGGAGAUCGAAACUGAUAAGACGACAGUUGGUGUUCCUGCACCGUUCGGUGGAAUAAUCGAAGAAAUUUUUGUUGCUGAUAGUGACACUGUAAAAGCAGGCCAACAGCUUUUUAAACUAAAAAAAACGGAUGCAGCGACAACUGCACCAUCUGUUCAACCUAAAGAAGCUGCUGCACCACCUGCUCCUUCAAUACCACAACCGCCACCGGUGACUACAAAAAUACCUUCGUCGUCAGCACCUUCGUCACCUUUAGAAUCACCAACCUCAGUACCACCAGCUAAAUCACCAACCUCAGUACCACCAGCUAAAUCACCAACCUCAGAACAACCAGCUGCUCCUCCUGCACACAUCCCUGUGGCUGCAAUUCGUCACGCUCAAGGAAUAGCUCAAGCGACAGUCAAGGUUUCACCAGAAGAUUUUACAAGGGAAAUCACCGGAACCAGAUCAGAACAAAGGGUAAAAAUGAACCGCAUGCGACUUAAAAUAGCACAGAGGUUAAAGGAUGCUCAAAACACAAAUGCAAUGUUAACAACUUUCAAUGAAAUUGACAUGAGCUCUGCAAUGGAGUUCCGUAAAGCUAAUCUGGAGACAUUUAUGAAAAAAUAUGGUAUCAAAAUUGGAUUUAUGUCUAUGUUUGCAAAAGCAUCAGCUUACGCUUUAAAGGAUCAACCUGUUGUUAAUGCUGUAAUUGAAGGAAAUGAAAUUAUUUACAGAGAUUAUGUUGACAUCUCAGUUGCUGUCGCAACACCAAAAGGUUUGGUAGUUCCAGUUAUCCGUAAUGUUGAAGGAAUGAACUAUGCCGAUAUUGAAAUAGCACUAGCUGCUCUGGGUGAUAAGGCUAAAAAAGGUGCUAUAGCAGUUGAAGAUAUGGAUGGUGGAACAUUUACAAUAAGUAAUGGAGGUGUGUUUGGCUCUUUAAUGGGUACACCCAUUAUAAACCCACCCCAGAGCUCCAUUUUAGGAAUGCAUGGAAUAUUUGAGCGCCCAAUCGCAAUCAAAGGACAAGUCACUGUUCGUCCAAUGAUGUAUGUUGCUCUUACAUACGAUCACCGUUUGAUUGAUGGUCGUGAAGCUGUUAUGUUCUUACGUAAAAUUAAAGCGGCUGUAGAGGACCCUCGAAUUAUGCUGGCUGGCCUAUAAACUAAUAUUAUAUUAAAUUAUAUGAAAUAAAAACUUUAUUCAUAUUGAUCCAUUUUAAAAUAUGUCGAAAAUGAAACUCAAAAUUCUAAUUCUGCCUAUUUUAAAUCAUUCGGCCAUGGUUCAGUCGAUAUAUAAGUGUUGAAAAUUAUAAAACUACAUAUACUUUAAAGACGGAAAAUGUAGAACAAAAUGUUACAAAUAAAAAGGGCUUACAAAAAUGCA